AUGGAAUAUAGUAGAUUCCUGUCUAUUUGUUGUAUUUUAGUUAUUGCUAGUUUGACGAUUUAUGCAGGAUGCCUUCGUUCUUAUGCGAUCUACUUUUUUGAGAGAGAUUCGAGACGAGUUGUCUUCCUUGAGCCGUGGGGCGCCGCAGCCGUGCCUGUAGCUUUGUCUUUUAUGCUGAUUGUGUCUUACUUAACGUCAAAACGCUCUCUUGCGACCUCUGAAGAAAUAGCAGCGAAAAAAUUGUUUAAGUCCAGUCAAGCUAGCAUUAAAAGUGCUGGCUCACGGAAGUAUUCUCGUACUUCAGAUUUGGAAAGCAUACCGGAAUCGCCAACUGAGAAUAAGAGGGAUGGAGAGUUGUGUGAUUGGUCACUUGAUCUGAGUGGUCACGCUUUAGCUGAUUCGAUAGCAGGGACAUUUCAUAAUUGCGAAGAUGGAGAAGAAAAAAGUAAUGUGGAGAAAAAUGCUGAUGUUAUAUUCUUAGUGGGUCAGAAACGAAUCGAUGAGGCAGAAGAUGAGUGGUCCCCUUCACGAAAAUCAUCUCAAAUUAGCAAUAGCAGUCGUCGAGAGCAAUCUGUACAGCGUAAACAGUCUGAAAUCUAUAAGCAGAUUGGCAAGAUUGACUUGGUCCCUAUGUCCCUGAAGAAAUUAUCUUUUCAUGUGGCUAAACCUUCUCAUAUUAGGCGAUUCCGGAAAGAUUCUAUGUUUGAUAUUUUUGUCCAAAUUCUUGGUAUACACUUUCCAUUAUGGCUGAGUGUGAUAGCGGUUUAUAUAACAUUGGUGGAAAUACUGAGCAUGAAAUUCUACGCAAUGUUUUAUUAUUACCAUCCAGCUUUAAAAUUAUUUGCAAUGUCCUUAGCGGUUUCAAUCGGUCUUUUUCACGAAUGGAAGCCUACUUGUUUUGUCAACAACGUUUUAGGCGUUGCUGCUGCCUAUGUGAUAAUCGCUCGUGUUCAGGUUGUUAGCUAUGUUGCUGGAAUAAUCUUUCUUAGUGGAAUGGUUGUCUUUGAUCUAUUCUGGAUGUACGGAAUUGACCUUCUUUUGGACCUUGAUCUGAGAGCUGAGAGCAAAUCCAAAAAGUUUUUAAGCUGGAUUUUGAUAGGGUAUGGAGCCAUUUCGUGUGCAAGAGCUCGGUAUCGUUUGAUUGAGCGUGGUUUCGCCUGUAACUUCCUUAUUUGCAAUACUUCUCCUGUAGAAUCAUUUAAUUUAAAAAGAGCAACCGUAUCGAAGCAAACUAAUACGCCUAUAAUGUUAGUUAUACCUUGGGGAAAUGAAGGGAGAAAAGAAAUGCUUUCGGUUGUAGACAUAAUUGUACCAGGAGUAUUUCUGAACAUUGUUUUAAAGUUCGCUGACAUGUAUGAUUCUCGGGCUUUCUACCCCUCGUUUUAUGCAGUUUUGUUCGGAUUGACAGUCACUUUUGCUAUAGCUCUUCAUAGGGCUAAGUCCACUCCUGCUAUGGUUUUGCCAGCAUUAUUUUCAGUUUUUACGUCUCUAGUUAGUGUUCAUAGAGCAAUUGAUUUAUGGCGGUUUGAAAUUAAGCACUAG